CUACCUAAUUAAGUUCUAUUCAUAUAAGUAUUUAAGAAAAGAACAUUCGUUUUUUACAGAAAAGUUUAGUACAGCAAAUAAUUGUAAAUAAACUUUCAAAUUUUGAGCUACCUCACUUCAUGCGGCUUUAUCAUGCUCACGCUUCUUCUCGAACUUUGAAAUUCAUAAUGGCUGCAUAAUUGACGUCACAAGGACCAAAGAAUUAUAGGAUGCCUUACGGUGAUAUAUUCUACUGACUAAAUCGUGUUUAGAAUGCCUUGUUGAUAUGUUUCGAAGUAUUAAAUAUUUAUGAGAUAUAGAAGAUUCAUUAGCACUAGAAAAAAAUUUUGUUGUUUGCUUAAUGCAGAAUUAUUUGUUUUCUUUUAAAAGCAACACGUUUGUUAAGUAAUGUAAUCUUCGGAUGAGUCGGAAUCAAAAUGUUCUAACUUUGUACUUGGCUUCCAGUUUAAACCUACACGUAGGGGGGAUUUAUCGGAGUCAUCGUGGGUGACAUAUGACAGUGAUAACGAUGGGGAAAUAGCAGAAUUAAGGAUUAGCCUUCACGCUACGUCGCGGUGUAAAUGCAACAAUUGCCCUCAAAUGAGCACUGAAAAUGAAUGUUUUUGCUGUCACAAACUGGAAUCAAGACAUAUAUAUAACCUACAAGGUGUGUACUUUUUAGCAGGAUAUACGAAACAUUAUAUGCUGAUUAUUAAGUUAUUAAAAAUAUAUUCUUUAGAAAUAAACUGUAUAGUCAAUCACGAAGAUUUCGACCCGAUUGUUUUAAGGAAAGGAAAUCUCUGGACUGCUUUGGUUGGAAUGUAUGAUAGAGAAUCGACAUAUCUUCCUCCAAGAAAUGACGUUCCCAAUAAAACAUAUUGCUAUGCUGCUUACCGACAGUUCACGUGGUGGGUUCACAACAGACUUGGCAAAUCUGUGCUAAGGGUCAUCCCGUCAUGUGCAGUGAAAAAAAUUUGUGAUGCUUAUCCAGAGCCUGACGGGGUAUACACAGGAUAUAUGGAAGGGCAUGUAGUUCCUGAAAAUGAGUUAACAUGGGUUUUCCAUGAUGCCGAAAAUGUAUUUUAACUUAAUUAAAAAAAUAAAAAAAAAUAAAAAAUAAUAAGUACAAA